AUGUGUCUUUUUUUUGUGAGUUGGCUGGCGGUAUGUCCGCUGGUGUUUUCACAGGGAUCCCUUGUCCCUGCUAAUUCUGGUGAUAAGCAGGUCGCAGUUGAGUGGGCUGAUGGUGUUCAUGUCUCGGAGGAAGUUCCCGUCGCCGGGACAGAUGCGACGGGGGGGUCGCGGGUUUCUGUCCAUGGAAAGCAGCAGACAGCUGCUGCGGGCGUCGUCGGCCGCCGGAAGGUUUUUGUGGCGGCUGCGUUGGUUGCGUCGAUUUCUCUCGUGGCAGCUGUUCUUCUGUACAAGUAUGUGAGGUGCGUGAAGGACCGGAAGGCGCGGCGAGCGUCGGGGUUGUUGCGGGAUCGCCUCGCGGCGGCGGGCGAAGGGGAGAGUCUUGAUGACGAUGAUGUGAAGAAGGCUUGUGCAGCGGCCGUAGUUUGGGGCUUCGGUAGUGGGGAGGACGAGGGUCUCGAUGAAGGUGCAUCGCAUGCUUAUAAGUCUUCACUGCAAGGAGCUGAAUCGCCCGAGGCUCCAGCGGGCGGCUCCUUGUCGACUGGGCCAACUUGGGACUGGAAGCCGCAUCCAGAGUCUGAGGACGAACCCGAAGGCCCUGAGGAACCGCCUGACGCCUCGGAAGCCCUACACGGAGGGGGAAACGGCGGAAAACAUGUGAAGUCCCCCGGCAAGCCGGAUCCGGAGGAGCCUCCCGAAGGUGCAGAGGGGGGGCAGGGAACCCCUGUCGGAGAGGGUGAGGGCGGUGCCACAGAUGGUGAAGGAGAAUUGCAUAUUUUGGCUAUAGACGACGAGCCGAAGAACAUCCGCAAUGUUGUAGAGGAUUUGAAGGUUAUCAGAACUGCGCUAGAAAACGUUAUGCCUCGCCAGGGGAGGGCCUUUUCAAGUGAGCUGUUCACGAGUGUGUUUGAAAAACAAAUGGGCCUUCUGACUAAAGUUGUGGACCAUGCGACGGAAUUGGCCCUUUCGCUGGAAGAAGCGUUUAUAUUUUCGACUGAGGUUAUAGUUGUAGGCGACGACUCCGGAGUGAGGCUUGGGAAAGCUAGAGCCGCCCUGAUGAACCUUGUUGAGAUGCUGUACGACGCGCUCAAUUUGACGGGUCGGGUUUUCCAGAGGGCGAGCAUGGUGCGACAGCAUGUAGCGCACGACGAGUUCAUUGUUGGGGGAUUCCUGUUGUCUCGUAUCAGUAACCUGGGGAGAGGAUUAUGGUCUUUGCAAUACAGCGAUAGUGAAGGAGAGAGCUCAGAUGAGGAGAGCAAUGACAAUGACUGA